AUGAGUUACUUCCCGAGCGGUGAUAUACCCAUACCUCCAUCUUCGCACUUCACGACUCCGCAACAGCAAGCUUGGAACGAGGACAAUGUCUCCGCGGACUACACAUACGCUUACCAGCAGCAAUCGCCGUACAGGACUGGCCGCCUGUAUGGCCUUGGUCUUCCUUACUUGCCGGGUACCGCUGCUCAGUCAUAUUUGGAGAUGGGCAUGGCACGCGACCCGGCUCCUUUGACCUGGCCAAGUCAAUUCGGCGUCGCCCAGCCAGCCCCGUUCUAUCGACAACGGGUUCAGUCACAGCAAUGGAACGAUGGCAGCUGCAAUCCGCUUUCCACCUUGAUGCCUGACGCACUCUGGGACCAUGCCCAGCUUGCCCCUCGUCAAGCAGCUGUUUACGAUUGCUCGCCCGCCGUGUCGGAGUAUGUCCCAAGCUCGCACGCAUCGGCUGUGUCCUCUCCAUAUGCGCGAUCAGACAGUGUUCUGCGCUCGGCCGACUCUCCACAAAUCAAAGUUGAGCAGUCAACAGAGCCGUCAAUACCACGAAUCCAAUACCCAGCUGAGAGAGCAUAUCGAACUCGAGAGCUGGUAGUGAAUCCUGGAGACCUUAUCAUGCAACCUCCCGAGGACGUCAAGCCUGAGCCUGCAGAAGUAGCUUUCCACUCUUCUGACGGUGCUCUCGGAUCACCAGUAGCACGAAUAGGUCGUCGCAGAGCAUCAUCGGAGGACGAAGGCAGGGACAGGAAGAAGCGAGCAUACACGAACCCAGAGACGGCCACCUGCUCCUGCGAGCAGUGCGGUCAGCUCUUCCAGCGAGCCUAUAAUCUUCGAGCGCACAUGGAGACGCACGAUCCUCACCGGAGCCAUCCACAUUUGUGUCCUUACAGCUCUUGCGACAAACGCUUCGUGAGGCGGACAGACCUUGUAAGGCACCAGCGAAGUGUACACCUCAAAGAGCGCAACCAUGUCUGCCAUCGCUGUGGCAGCUCGUUCGCGCGCAGAGAUACACUGAGGAGACACGAGGACGACGGCUGUCCGCAACGACUAGACGUCAAGAAGCGCCCUUCCCAAAGCCGCCGGGCUUCGAGCGCAUCAAUGGUGAGGAGGUCAACACAACGGUGGAAACGAGAAGACUCUUCCGCGCCACCGAGUUCGUGGGAUCAAGUCCCGGAGUUCGUCGGCUAG